AACUUACAAGCAGGGCAAGGAUUAGGCUUUCUCUCUCUCGCUACAUAUAUGUCCCUAUUUCCUUCUGUUUUCCUCUCACAUAAGACUACUCUUUAUUGUAUUUCUCUCUACACCAAAUUAGUAUUUUUGUUUCUGAGUAGUAGGCCUACAGUUUGAGAAGAGUGCCUGUCGAGUCCUAAGGCCAGCGGUGGUGCCAGCUCCCAACCACAACCCAAGAAGGAGUCCCAACCCCAGCAGCCCAAGUUGACCAAGAAGGAACCCAAGACAGAGCCUCAUACCCAGGAGGAAGAAGAAAACAUGCCCUCAGUACACAUCAAACCAGAACCACAGGAGGUGGAGUCCACGCAGGCUGAAGUAGGUGAGGAGUGUCCCCAGCCUACAGACCUGAAGAUCAAGACAGAGAAGACGCAACCUGUGUCUCCCCCUCCACUCUGCACAGACCCAACAACAGACGACUCCUCCCUCCCCCCGGAGGACCAGACGGAACCUGUCGACCUGUCACUCGGCAAGCCUCGCUCCUCCCUGCCCGCCUCUACGCCGACAGCCAACCCCGUCCCGAGUUCCGUGGCGAUGCCCACGCUGUCGGCAACCCCCAUCCCUACGGUAACCUUUCUAGACACCAUGAUGCUCUCCCCCGGGUCCAUCCUAGCGUCCACCCAGGGGGCAGGCGGUCAGCAGAUCCUGCAUGUCAUCCACACCAUCCCGUCGGUCAACAUGCCCAGUAAGAUGGGCCAGCUGCAGACCAUCCCCGUGGUGGUCCAGUCUCUGCCCGUAGUCUACACCACCAUUCCCACGGACGGGGUGGCCACCGCUGCAAUCACGGUCCCGCUCAUCGGGAGCGACGGGCGCUCGGAGGGAUCCGUGCGUAUCAAGCCUGGCUCGGCGUCUCCAGUGGAGUACCAGAGUGACAGUGAUGUGGAGAGUGGGACAGAGUCAGGUUCAGCUUCCUUCAGUACACCGGGACUGGACACAGGGUCAGGCGUAGACAUGGACAUGCAGGUGGAUCCUGAUUCGCCGGAAAUGAAGAGGAGACGUGUCCAUAUGUGUGACUAUGAUGGCUGUAACAAGGUGUACACCAAGAGCUCACACCUCAAAGCCCACCGCAGGAUACACACAGGAGAGAAGCCGUACCACUGUACAUGGGAGGGCUGUACCUGGAGGUUCGCCCGGUCAGACGAGCUGACGCGACACUUCCGUAAACACACGGGCAUCAAGCCCUUCCGCUGCACCGACUGUGACCGCUCCUUCUCCCGGUCUGACCACCUAGCCCUACACCGGAGACGCCACGUCAUGAUGUGAACCAUGACCCCUGACCUUUGACCUUUAAACCUUAACCCCCUACUACCGUCGCCCUCCAACCCAUCACCUCCCUCCCCAGCCCCCCUCGGGAUUCAGAUGGAACUCAAAUGGGAGGGCCUGAACUCUGACCCCUAGAGGUUCUCUGCUGUGUCACUUCCUUUUACUGUUCCCCCUCCUCUCUUCUCUCUAAAAAAUAACCAAGGUUAAGACAACAUACAUGUUCCAUGCGGGAGCGUUUGAAAAUAAACUCGUUCAUUGGACCAGCUCUGAUUCGACAGGAUUAGCAUUGAAAAUGUCACCAAUGGUCAGGAAAUCAAGUAAUAAAGUGGCUGUAGAUCAUUUGAAAAACAUUUAAAUGAAUAGAAUGGCAGUAAAACAGUUAUGUUAUGUGUUUGCACAGUAGUUAGCUGAAAUUCACUAUGAUUGUGUUUAUUAUCCACUUUGAUGGCGCGCUUUCUGUACUGCUAAAAUUCACUUUCAGUCAUUUUUGAUCGCAUUGCUGGUCCAUUGUUUAGACCUAAUCUUCUCUACGCGACGCCUCGUCCUCCAUUUUGAACUGUGGGUCAUCGUGGAGAUCAUUACAUUAAAGAGGUGGAGAAUGAAGAUCCCAAAAGGAUGAGAGGAGUUUGUUGUUGUUUUCUGGUUGCUUAGCACCUGAAGGGGUAGUCCACAACUCUCAUACCCCACAGUUUACCUCCUCGUUUCUCUCUCACACCCCUCUCAGUGUGCACACAGCCAGAGGCUAUCUACUUCAACAGCACCCUAUCCAUCCAGAAGAUCGACACAAACCAGUGAAGACAAACCUGGGAUACAGCAGAGAGAGAUGGACAGGCUGGACAGAGAGAGAGAGACGGAGGACAUACUUUGAAAUGACGCAGGGUUACCUACGUCGCACACUCAGCUCAGAGCAAGAGGAGGACAGAGAGGAGGUGGAGGCAUGUUUGUUUAUUUGAGAGGGGGAAACACUUCAGAGAUUACAUUUCAGCUGUCUAGCAACUGUUUACUGUGUUUUAACAUCUUCUGUUAACCUGCGUUGCAUGCAUGGGCUAGCUGCCUGUAUGUGUGUGUGAUUGUGUGUGAGUGUUAGUGUAGUGUGUGCUAUUUAAAGACAGUUGAUGAUGCAUCGUGUCCUCUCCUCCAUACAUAUCAUUUCCUCAGCAGAGUCAGCAGCCCCCCCCGGGUGUGGUGGUGUAGAAAUGUCUUAUUCAACCCCCUUCCACGCCAUUUCUCCGCUCCCCCAUCUCCUAAAACAGGGAGCUACAAGACUGUGAAGAUUCUGUUUUAUUAAUAUUUUCAAUCAGAAAUGAAAUCAUGUUCACUUGCCCCACAUUUAUAGCUUGUUGUUCAGUAACAGUAUUUGUGUUGUUUAAAAAAAAAAAGGCCUUCUGUAAGUUUUUUUCAAUUUCUUCUCUUUCUCUUUCUAUUUGCUAAUGAUUGGCUCAUAACAUAAUAACAUCCCUUUUUUUGACUAUUUCAUAUCCUUAGAUUGUGUUUGAGGCUGUAAAAGUAUAACAAGAAAAAGGUUGAGAUUACAAACUAGGGGAGCUUGUGUUUGUGUGUGUAACAAAUAAUCAGAACUGAGGAUUUUAGAAGUGUGUGUUCGGUGCAGCCCGUCGGAGCCUUAAUGAAUCAAAGUCAAUCUGGGAAACUCUGUUUAUAGAAACGCACGUUUGUUUUGGUCUUCAGGGUUACCCGGGAAACGGGGUCUCAUUGCCCAGACGACACAUCACAGCAUUUCUACCCAAUAUCGACCCAGAUCAGGGCCUGUAUUCACAAAGAGUCUCAGAGUAGGAGUUCUGAUCCAUAUUCUCACAUUCAUUGUUAUCUAAAAGGCUAAACUGAUCCUAGAUCAGUACUCCUACUCUGAGCCUGACUGAUCUCCAUGUCUUACGGUGGUUGUUUUUAGCUCCUGCUCUCUGUGUUCACUUGAUUAUGCAACCUCCACAGACCUCGCUCCUAGCGCUGUACUGGGGUAAGUGGUUAAAUAUGUGUUGCUACAGGAACAUAUACAGCACUCGCUACUAAGCACUGUUCUGGAGUCAGUGGUAAUGUACAUCUUGCUACUGGGACAUACCCAAACCUCCCUCUUAAGCGCUGUUCUGAAGUCAGUGGCUAAGUACAGCUCCUAUGGUACAUGCGUACAGAGGGCAUACUAAAGAACAUGUAAACAAAGUGUUUGUCUCUCUCACUAGCAGUCGCAGCAGCCAUCAUUUCAAACGCUAGCUAAAUAAAACACGAUUGAAUUUAACAUUUAAUUUUUUUCUGUUGACAAUGUAAAAACAAAAGUGCAGAUAAUAGUGCUUUUCUGACUGGGAACCCAGCCUUGGUGUGAGUUGAGUUGAGCGCAUGCCUGAAGCAGAGAGGGAUUUUAUUGGUCCCCACACCAGAGCAAUGCAAUGUUCCUAUGAGAUUCUCUCAUUCUCUGCUUCAACUCCUAACAAUGUUACUAAGCACAUCUUUCCAGAAGAGGAGAUGCAUUUGAUUGCAACUUGUUAUUAGAUGGUAUUAGACAUUAAGGACUAUGAGAAAUAAUUCAAGAGCAGGAAGUGUACAUACUGUAUAUAAUCAAAAAGCAUAAUAAAUGUAACAGGUGGAGUUCUAUUUUUAACACUGACUAGACAAUGUGAAAAAUAUCAUUUUUUCUUUUAUUUUCUACUCUGUUGGAUUGAUUUACAACUGAAAUGUGUUAUAAAAAAAAAAGUGUUCUUUUUUUAACGUCCUAAAAAUCGGUCCCGUUUGUGUCGUGCACAUUUAGUUUUUGUGAGGUUGGUGAGAUUAUGCUGCCCUAACCUUACAGUCCUAAUGACCUGCAACACGCAACAACAAAACCAUGAAGGACCGUCUCAACCUGAACAACCGUCCAAAAUGGCACCCUACUAUCUAAUGCACUUCUUUUGACCAGGUCCCCUAGGGCUUUGGUUGAAAGUAGUGCACUAUAUAGGGAAUGUGGGGGCCAUUAGUUGGGACAUAGACAGUAUGGGUGGGGAUGGAGAGGUAAAGGUGUUAGUCAACCCAGAGUUAAAAAUCUGAUAUGAUCUAACAUCUGUUAUCAUUGGUCAAACCCACCUUACCUCAUUGACGCGUACAAUUCAAGUUCCCCUUUAAUGUCCAUUGUGAAGUAUUACUCCAUAUACCACAAAGAAAACAAUACCAGAAUAGAUCAAUACAAUGCAGUACGUCACUAUAGAAAUGCUCUGUCCAACAAAAGACAGAUCCAUCUAUGGUUUAGCCAUGGCAGCAUACGACUUAAGACUAUACUGUACUGUAUUUGUACAAGCCCAUUUAUCCACUUCACUAGUCACCCCUCACUUCAACAAUAUGGCACCACAUAAUGUAAGCGUGGAUUGAUUGUGUGUGUGUGUGUGCAUGUUUGUAUAAGUGUGUGAGUGUGCCUCUUCUUAUCAUUAAUCAAAACUCCUUUUCUUAAAGUAACUGUCUAGUGUUGGCAGAUUUUUAUGACAUAUCACCUAUAAUUAAUAACAACGAGGGAAAUUGUUUUACUUCCAGUUUGUUUUAAUUCAUUAUGUUAAAACGCAGGUUUUCUGCGUUGCAAUAGUGUAGGUGUACCCCAACAACAGAAUGGUAUGGGCGUAUACCGGUCAUUAAAAAUAUUUGUGCCAGUAGACCGCUGAUUGGCCAGCUCAUCCUCCUUCAGGAGGAUGACAUCAUCCUCUAUGAGGAAAUGGCAAGCAUUUUUUAAACGGUCUGUUUGAGAUACACAUUUGAGCUGGGGUUUUUUUUAAAGAAAGAAAUCUCCAAAUUAUGCUUUGGCCACAAAUACAAGUAUUGGAUGAGUCAACAACAUUAUUUAGGUAUGAGUUAACAGAAUAGAUUGUCACUGGACAGUUACUUUAACAACCAGAAUUGUAGGUAUUUUAUAUUGAAUGCAUUAACUUUUGGGCCAGUACUAUAUUACUCAGUGCAAUGCAGUUAUUGUUAUUGUCAUUAAUAUUAUUUGUUUUGUAUUUGUACAGAACAAAAUCUGUAAAGAUCAGUGAGGAAGAACGUGAGCUUUUUGAUACUGUGAGAAAUGGUGUUUCAUUAAGUCUGUUUCCCCCUGUACAGUUGAGAUUUACCCCACUCCUUUUAUAGAAUAAAAGGUUUUUGGUGCA